GUGAAAUUGAGGCAGGGGUGAGAGGUACCCAUGAGAUGUUUUGAGAAUUUUUAUACAAUUAUUUAUUUAAAUAAAAAUGGCCGCCGUAGAGAGCGGAGACGAGAGACUCAGUGAGGAGAAGAGUGAAGAUGCCAACCAGGAUCAGAGCUCCAACGACAAGGACCCUAAGACACACAGCAAGCCAAAGAAGGUGAGGUGGGAGCGGAGGGAUAUGGAGAAGGAGAGGCUGGAGUCUUCAUCCACCACCACUAUGUCCUCCCCUCCUCAUCCUCCAGUCCAGCAGCCCAGUGCGCAGCUGGCUGAGGCGGGGCCCUCGGUGCCCAUGGUUACUGCAGUUGGUGAGGCCUCGGGUCUCUCUGAGUCCCCUGCUUCGCCCAAACAGAGGAGGUCCAUAAUCAGGGACCAAGGUCCGCUCUACGACGACCCCUCUCUACCCCAGGGCUGGACACGUAAACUCAAACAACGCAAGUCUGGGCGGUCCGCCGGGAAGUUUGACGUCUACUUGAUGAACCCAGAGGGGAAAGCCUUCCGUUCCAAGGUGGAGCUGAUUGCCUUCUUCCAGAAGGUAGGAGACACCGCCACCGACCCCAACGACUUCGACUUCACCGUGACAGGGCGUGGCAGUCCCUCCCGCCGCGAGAAGAGACCCCCAAAGAAACCCAAGGUGAUGAAACCGUCAGGGAGGGGCCGGGGUCGGCCGAAGGGGAGUGGGAAGUUACGGCCGGCCAUGGAGGGCGUGGCAAUGAAGCGUGUGGUGGAGAAGAGUCCUGGGAGGCUCUUGGUCAAAAUGCCUUUCAGCGCAUCCAAGGCAUCUGAAGUGGCGGGGCAGCCGCCAUCGCAGGUCGUAGUCGCCAAGAUGCGCCCGGCGCGGAAAAGGAAGGCGGACACACAACCGCAGACUGCUCCGAAAAAGCGGGGGCGUAAGCCAGGGUUGGUGUCAGCGGCAGUUGGGGCGGCGGGUUCCAGUACUUCCUCCUACGCAGCGGCUGCUAUCCUCGCCGCAGAAGCCAAAAGGAAAGCUCAGAAGGAGUCUUCCACUAAGCCGGUGCAGCAGACCGCUCUGCCCAUCAAGAAACGCAAGACCAGAGAAACUGUUGAGGAGUCGAGAGACAUUCCAGCUAUAGCCGGGGCAGGGAUAGGGACAGGGAGUGCUGUGGUGGUGGCAGCAGCAGAGAGGACAGACCAGGGACAGAAGGAUCAGGGACAGAAGCUGCCAAAGAGUCCAGGGAGGAAGCACAAGGACAGUCCCGUGACUGCCGGGUUAACCGCAGAGGACAGUGGUGGGGCCAGCGUUUGGUCCAGUGGUGGGGCCAGUGGAGGCGGCAGCAGCAGCAGUAGCGUCACUACCCCAAAGAGUCCCAGCCACAAGAGAAAAGAACGUACGCCGCACAAACACCUUCAUCACCACCACCACCGUCGCCACAGUCAAUCCUCUGUAGUGGAGGAUCCUCCUCCCUCACCCUCCCAGCGGCCCCCUCACCACCACCGUCGCCACAGUCCAUCCUCUGUAGUGGAGGAUCAUCCUCCCCCACCCUCCCAGCGGCCCCCUCACCACCACCGUCGCCACAGUCACUCCUCUGUAGUGGAGGAUCAUCCUCCACCCUCCCAGCGGCCCCCCCUCACCACCACCGUCGCCACAGUCCAUCCUCUGUAGUGGAGGAUCAUCCUCCACCCUCCCAGCGGCCCCCUCACCACCACCGUCGCCACAGUCAAUCCUCUGUAGUGGAGGAUCCUCCUCCCCCCACCCUCCCAGCG